CGUAGCAAUUUUAUUUGUUAGUUUUCUGUAUCUCUGGUAAUUCUUGGGGGGGAAUUAAAGAAGUGAGUGAAAUGCUUGGUGGGCUGUACGGAGAUCUUCCACCGCCGUCCGAUGAGGAUAACCAGCCGAGCAGUAACGCUACGGUAUGGUCAAGCAGCACAAAGAUGGCUCCUCCCACUCUCCGCAAGCCCUUCUCCGGCUUUGCUCUGCCUCAGACGAUCCUCAGAUCCCAGAACAAACCCAAGAAUCCCGUUCCCAGAACCACAGCUUCACCCGUUCCCGCCUCCAUCUCGCCCUCCCCCAUGACGGUUGCAACCGAAGGCAUGGCGCAACAGCAGCCUGCACUUGUGGGCGUCACUUCCAGUGUAAUCGAAGAGUAUGACCCGGCUAGGCCCAAUGACUACGAGGAAUACAGGAGGGAGAGGAAGAAGAAGGCUAUGGAGGCGGAGAUGAGGAGGGAACUGGAGAGAAGGCGGAGAGAAGAGGAGGAAAGGGAGAGGGAAAAAGAACAGAGGGAAAGAGAGAGAGAGAGAGAUUUCAAUGAUUCAAGGUUGAAUAUUUCGGGCGAAGAAGCUUGGAGAAGGCGUGCAGCAAUGAGUGGCGGGGUUCCAAGGUCCCCAUCUCCACCGCCGGGAAAAGCUGAGGGUUUCACUAUUGGGAAGACGGAGACAACUGGACUGGGAGUUGGGGCUGGCGGGCAGAUGACUGCCGCCCAAAGAAUGAUGGCGAAAAUGGGUUGGAAAGAAGGUCAGGGUCUUGGAAAACAGGAGCAAGGGAUUACUACACCAUUGAUGGCCAAAAAGACUGAUAGGAGAGCUGGUGUUAUUGUGAAUGCCAGUGAGACUCCCAAGUCUGAUAAGAAGGUUAAGAGUGUUAGCUUCAAUGGCCCCCCUACUCGUGUUUUGCUGCUUAGGAACAUGGUUGGUCCUGGUGAGGUAGAUGAUGAACUAGAAGACGAAGUUGGAUCUGAGUGUGCCAAGUAUGGAACCGUUACCCGUGUUCUGAUAUUUGAGAUAACAGAGCCAAAUUUCCCAGCUGAUGAGGCCGUCAGAAUCUUUAUUCAGUUCGAGAGAUCAGAGGAAACAACUAAAGCAUUAGUUGACCUCGACGGCCGUUUCUUUGGGGGUAGGGUUGUUAAAGCCUCAUUUUAUGAUGAAGAGAGAUUUAGUAAGAAUGAGCUAGCUCCCAUGCCGGGUGAAAUUCCAGGUUUCUCUUGAUGCUCUAAAUUUUAUGCCGAGCAGGUGGCAUUGAUAAUCAAUGGGGAAAACCGUAGAUUUCCAGUUUACGUAAUAGCAGUAUGAGGGUCUCAAAUCAGAGUUGAUAUAUCUUGAUGAUGUGAAGUAGCAUUCAAGCUUUGAAUUGGGUCGAGUUUCGUA